UAGAGGGUUCGUGGGCGAAUGGUUCUGGCAUCAUGUCUGAGUCACAAACCCUAACAAGAAAAAAGAUGGCUCAGUUUCAGAAGGCUCUUCUCAUUCUUUGCACACUAAUGUUCUCCACUGUUAUCAUCCCACCCAAGUCCUUGGUGGCUGCUCGUGCACUUGCUGAAACUUCUGAAAGCAAUCAAGAGAAGCGAAGCACGUCAGAGAGUUACGUAGGUCUCACUCCCACAAAGUUCUGCGACGAAAAACAUUAUGGGAAUUGCCUGCCUCGGAGGCCUUCAGUACCACAAAGCCGGUGCUCCAUUUAUAACAGGUGCCGCAGCGGCGGCCGGACACCUAAAGUUCCACCUCCGCCGCCUCUUUAGAUCAGUACCAUCUCCUUGAAGGAUGAAAAUAUAUAUAGUAGCUUCAGCUAAUGCUAUUUUAGUAAAUAUGGUAUCAUGUGGUUAAUUAAGAGAAAGCUAAGGGCCGACGAGGUUCUUGUUGGGUUUCGUGAGUAGCUCGAUAUGAAGACUUAUAAUAAUUUUCAGUGUACUUUCACAACGAUAGAUAUCAGUUCUUACUUCAUGUGUUGUGA